AUGGCAUGGCAGAACUCCGCUGGCAUGGGGGGCAGCGGAGGGAGUGCCGGUGGUGGGAGCGAGGCAGGUAACAGUGGAGGUCAGCCUCAAGGCACAGAGUAUACAUUACAAGGGGUAAUGCGCUUCCUACAAACUGAAUGGCAUAGACACGAGCGUGAACGGAAUGCCUGGCAAAUUGAAAGAGCGGAGAUGAAGUCGCGAAUAGGAAAGCUCGAGGGCGACGGGAGGACAAACAAGCGACUACGGGAAUCAAUGGACAAACACAUCAGGCUUCUGGAGCAUGCCCUCAAAAAGGAGAGGGAAAAAGCCAAAUCUCCGCAAUCUGGGACGCAACCAGAGGACAAGAAAGAGGAGAGUCAGGUCACGAAGCAGAACGUCAGGCCGACCUCUAAGGGCAAACCUCACAACUCCUUCCUCGACCUCGAACCCGAAGAUCAAUCCUCUCCAAGUCUCAGACACGAAUCGGAAAGAGAUAGGUCACGGUUGUACCUUGGCAAAUGCAUCGAAGAGGUCUCGUACCACGUCUUAUCGUUCAACGGCCAGCAGCAAUAUAGCGAAGAGCCGGAGCAAGCACUUCAGAAUCACCAAUACGCCAACGAUCAACAACCACAGAGGUCUUUAGAGGAGGUGUAUGUCCAGCAAAGACAAAAGCAGCUACCGACAAAUUACGGAUCAUUAGGACCAUCGCCUCUACCUAAUCAUCAACCUCCACCCGUCCCUCGAGUCUCUGAUAUUCCAGCACUCUCUCGCACCUCACAGCCACCAGAACAGGCAUCCUACAUGAGUCGAAGUCUGCCGGAACGACAAGCGCAACAGCAAAACCCGCCUCUUACCGCUAUCGAUCGGUCAAAUCAACCUCGAUCAGAAUACGGCUUCCCUAAUCGUGAUCGCGAUGAGCAAGUUGAAAAGGUGGCACAUAGCUAUGAUUCAUUUGGCCGACCUAUACCCCCUCGCGAAGAAGAGGAGAACGCUAAAACAUCAGAAGAGCCGGAGGUUGCGGAUGCAGAUGGGUGGAAUUUUGACGACCCUGCAGAGCCUCCUCCUACUGAAGACCGGCCUGCGCCAGAGCAACCAUUACCUCAAAGACCUGAUACCGACGCCUUCCCAAACGCGAACAACGUUGCGUUGAAAUCUCCUACGCGCGGAGGGCCCGGUUCGCAUAGACGGAAAAGCUCUUUAUCGAGAAGCCGGCCGAGCGAUGGAUCACAUGAGCUGAGAGAGCUAUCAACGUCGCAUACGGGUGGCAGCUUCAGAGGCGAUGCUGGCCAAUUCAAGGUUCGCUUCGCACUCAGAGGUCAUCUCGACGUCGUGCGAUCCGUCAUUUUCUCCGGUGGAGGGAGCCCAGCGCAACCUGAGAUCUGCACCGCUGGGGAUGACGGGACAAUCAAGAGGUGGACGGCCGGCAGCAAUCCAAACAAGGGAGAAGAUUUGGAUCUCAAGUGCGAUCAAACCCAUCGAGGCCAUACUGGGGCCGUUCUCUCGCUUGCUGCAUCUCCUGUACACCAGCCAUUUACAAACGGCGGUAGGGCCCAAGGAGAUGGCUGGGUCUUCUCGGGAGGGCAAGACGCUACCGUGCGAGUCUGGGAACGGGGCAGGGUUGACCCGAAAGCUACACUGGAUGGUCAUACAGACGCCGUGUGGACGGUCUGCGUCCUGCCUGGAACUUCUGCAUCCAUACUUGGAGAUCAGUCUACGCAUCACGGUGGGCCGGACCGAACGAUCAUUGCAUCCGGUGCCGCGGAUGGAACAAUACUCAUCUGGGCCGUCAGUACACCACCUCAAGCAUCAUCACCGCAUCAAGCGUCGAGAAGGGGUACGGGGGGUAGUCGAAGAGCAAAUUCGGUAUCGGCAGGCUCCAACUUCCCAUCCUCACCACAGCCAAACACCGCGACUUCCAAACCAUUUCAAUACUCCCUUGUCCACCGGAUCGAGAGGCCCGAUCACCCAUCACCCACAUGUAUCAGUCCUUUGUCCAUGUCCGGUGAGACUUUCGUGGUGUCUUAUGCUGACGCUUCCAUUCUCGUCUACAACACCCGCACAGCAGAAGAGAUGGUCGGGAUGGCGAGUCUGGAAACGUAUGACGGGACUCCCAGCACAGGCGUCAAUGCGGUAGGCGCUACGACUGUGGGUCUGGAGGGCACCAUGAGCUUUGACUCUGGAAGAGGGGUAUCGGAAGAUGAGAGCACGGUUCACGGCCCUACUGGAUCGAGCAGCGGUGUUGAAGGCGUGAUACUCAGUGGGCACGAAGAUCGCUAUAUCCGAUUCUUCGAUGCCAACAGCGGUCAAUGCACGUACGACAUGCUUGCCCACCCCGCCGCCAUCUCUGCGCUCUCCCUCUCACCCUCGGGUGCGGAACUUGUCUCUGCCGGUCACGAUGCUAGUCUCCGAUUUUGGUCGCUGGAGAAAAGAUCUUGCGCACAAGAAAUCACGAGCCACCGGCUCAUGCGCGGCGAAGGCAUCUGCAGUGUUGUGUGGAGUCAGGACGGCAGGUGGGUGGUCAGUGGAGGAGGCGAUGGUGUUGUGAAGGUGUUUUCCAGGUCCAAUGGGGACCAAAGCAGGCAGGUAUAG